GUAAUUUAGUGGGGUUAUGUUUCGUCAAGUGUUGUGUGCUGUGACGGUGUACAGUUGUGUUUCGUGAAAUUUGUUUAAUAAUAGGUAUCGGGUUAUUAAAAAUGAAUCAACAGCAACAAUUUGAAAACCUAUUAUUAGAAGUUUAUGACCAAAAGUCGCAAAAUUCAAAAUUAAUGAAUGAUAGCGAUUAUAGUGAACUUUUGCAACGUAUCAAAAGAAUACGCGAAACUGGACCUGACAGUAGUAACAAGAGUGAUUAUCAUGUGAUAAAUACUUAUGAUUUACAAAGAAUCGAAUCAUCUUAUGUAAUUCUACAUAGAAGAUCUGGAAAGAUUAUUUUACGUUUGAGUGAAUGUUAUGAUGCGAUUAAAGCUGCCCAUCAGGGAACUGGACAUGGAGGGCGUCAAGCAACAACAAAAUUAUUAAACGAAAAGUAUCACAACUUAACACAGGAAAUGGUAAAAUUGUUCAUUGAAACUUGUGAAAAUUGUCAGUUUAAACGGAACAAAACUAAAAAGGGAAUUGUUGUUAAACCAAUUGUUUCAAACCAUUUAAACUCUCGAUGCCAAAUCGAUCUCAUUGACUUACAAACUAGACCAGAUGGUGACUACAAAUUUAUUUUGCUGCUAUGGAUGAAAUAAAACAAAAUCAAUACAUUUUGAUUUUUUUAGGUGAUUGAGGAAUUAGUCGGAAUGUGGCCUGACUGCCAAAUUGUGCAUGGUAAACCGAGACAUUCACAAUCACAAGGUUCAGUGGAGAGGGCGAACCAAGAUAUAGAGAACAAGUUAGCGUCGUGGAUGAAAGAUAAUAACUCGACAAAAUGGAGCGAAGGUUUAAAAAUCGUUCAAUUUCAAAAAAAUCGCUGCUUUCAUUCUGGUAUUGGACGCAGUCCUUAUGAAGCUUUAUAUGGUGUAAAAUGUAGAGAUGGUUUAAAUAACCUCCCUGUUUCUAUCACAAACAUUAAAUCCAUACGUACAGAAGAGGAACUGGAAACAUUAUUAUCUUCUAGUAAUGACACCGAGGAUAAAGUGGAAGAAGAUUCACAUCCUUCAAAUAAUUUUGUACCCGAUGAAAAAUCUACAGUCACUGAAGAGGAAAUGGCCGCCCAACAAUUGUCUGAUUUAAUUGAAAAUGCUACGCUGGUUAUGCUGCCCGAUAAUACUCAUAGGCCAGUUGUAUUCGCAGAUAAUACUGAAACCCCAAUUUUACUCGAACUUAAUACCGAAACCCCAGUUUUACCCGAAAAUAAUACUGAAACCCCAGUUUCACUCGAAGUUAACAAUAGAACCUCGGUUUUAUUUAAAGAACAAGCAAUGGCAUUGCUCUCUACUGAAACAACAGAAAAUGCUCUCAAUGAAUCAUUACCACAAAAAUGCUUAUUAUGUUCUGAUGAAAACGUGUGUGACCAUUGUCAGAAUAAAAACAAUAUUAAAGCUAUAAGGGAUUCAUGCCAGGAAAGUCUAAAAAGGCAAGCACAAAAAAUGCUACAAACUUCUCGCAAGAAAUUUAAACCAGGAGCUGUCGGCAUGUCCGUGAGAGUACCCAUUCCAGAUGUAGAUCGAAGUCGGUCAGAUCAUAGAAAUAUAUUGGGCGUCAUAAUGAGUGUAGAAGAUGAAUUUUACCGAAUUGGAACUGUUCACGGUGUUCUUAAACAGCUUUAUUCCCGCAACGAAUUUGAAAUAUGUAAGCAACAAUUUUUAAAGUUGGAAAAUGUCAAGACGGACACCGAAAUAACAUUACGAAGCGCUGCAGGAAAAUUUUCAGUAUCGGGUUCAACCCAAGGAUAUGUGCGAUGUCACUGCAAGAAGAGUUGUGCGAAUAAAAAGUGUAAAUGUCUUGCGUCUGGAUAUACCUGUAAUAGUAAGUGCCACAACAGUGCAACUUGCUCCAACAAAUAA